CCACCUGGCAGGGAGGGGCUGGCACACCAGGAAGUAGCCUCCUCCCGGGAGUUCAGCCAGAGCCCAGGUUCUGUCCUCAAGUGGCCUCCAGAGCCACCUUUUCAGAAAAAGUACAUCCUGCCCACCCCUGCUCCCCCUGCUUAAGGCCCCGCCUCCUCCCUGAGCCUCCUGCUGGCCUCUCACCUAGAAGCGGGGGUAGUCCUCGGCCCUCCAGCCAGGGGGUGCAGACCUGGAUGUGCUGGAAAUGCUUCUGGUGGAUGAGGCGGCUGUAAUACUCCCUCAGAGGCCCUUUGCCUUCACAGAGAGGAGCAGACACUGCCAUGAACCCGUCUCUGUCCCUGCCACAUGGCCCCAGGCCCAAGACACUCCCCCUAGGAGGGAUCCUUUUCCCAGAAGCUCCACCCCUCAGCAGCUCCAGUCAGGCACCAUCUGGGCCCUUCCAGAAGCAACCCAGGAGCCCCGAGACCUGCAGGGAUGUGUGCACCCUGACCCCUGAUGCAUAGCCCUGCACCUGCAGCCAGCUGGCCUCGAGCUGCAAACACGGCGGGGUGACCAGAGGCAGUAUAAAAGGCAGCCUGGAAAGCAGAGGUCCCUCUCCGCCCCUUCCUCCGUCUUCCUGGAUGCUGCAUCGCUUCCAGCGGGGCUGCUCCAGCACCUGCCCAUCUCAGCACCAGCCGGGGAAAGAAAGUAGACGUGUAAUUUCAGGUGACCCGACAAUCAACCCCUGAAAAAGGCGGUCAUAAAACCCCCAGGAGACGAAGAUGAUGGCACGUCGUCACCCCAAACCUGGGGCAAAGAGACUGGUGAGAGCCCAGACCCUCCAGAAGCAGCGGAGGGCCCCAGUUGGGCCAAGGGCUCCCCCGCCCGAUGAAGAAGAUCCCAGGCUCAAGUGCAAAAACUGUGAGGCCUUUGGCCACACGGCCAGAAGUACCAGGUGCCCCAUGAAGUGCUGGAAGGCAGCCCUGGUUCCACCGAACUGUGGGGAAAAGGAAGGGAAGGAAAACCUGAAACCAUGGAAGCCCCAGGUUGAAGCGAACCCGGGGCCCUUGAACAAGGAUAAGGGAGAGAAGGAAGAGAGACCAAGGCCACAAGACCCGCAGAGGAAGGCUCUCCUCCACAUAUUUUCCGGGAAACCUCCAGAGAAGCCGCUGCCAAAUCAAAAAGGAUCCACGGAAUCUUCUGAUUAUCUGAGGGUUGCAAGCGGGCCAAUGCCGGUCCACACAACCAGUAAGAGGCCGCGCGUGGACCCUGUCCUCUCUGAUCGCUCAGCUACCGAAAUGUCUGACAGGGGCUCCGUCUUAGCUUCACUGUCUCCCCUCAGAAAAGCCAGUCUGAGCUCCUCCUCAAGUCUUGGACCAAAGGAAAGACAGACAGGGGCUGCGGCCGACAUCCCUCAGCCUGCAGUCAGGCACCAGGGCCGCGAGCCUCUCCUCGUGGUGAAGCCGACACACAGCAGCCCUGAGGGUGGCUGCCGAGAAGUUCCCCAGGCUGCCUCCAAAACCCACGGCCUGCUCCAGGCCAUCAGCCCCCAGGCACAAGACAAACGUCCUGAGGUGACCUCACAGCCCUGCCCACCAGCCGCCACACACAGCUUGGGCCUAGGCUCCAAUCUCAGCUUCGGGCCAGGAGCCAAGAGAUCUGCCCAGGCUCCGAUUCAGGCUUGCCUGAACUUCCCCAAGAAACCGAGACAGGGUCCCUUCCAGAUCCCCGAAAGCGCCAUCCAGGGAGGUGAGCUGGGGGCCCCGGAGAAUCUCCGACCUCCGCCAGCCGCAACCGAACUUGGACCAAGUACGUCGCCCCAGAUGGGCACGAGGACACCCGCCCAGGUGCUUAGCGGCAACCGGCAGCCUCUGCACAGCAGACCUUGCCUGCCUACUGCCCAGGCCUGCACCAUGUCCCAUCACCCAGCGGCCAGCCAUGAUGGGGCCCAGCCUCUCAGAGUGCUCUUUCGGAGACUGGAAAACGGACGCUGGAGCUCCAGCCUCCUGACGGCCCCCUCAUUUCACUCUCCUGAGAAGCCGGGAGCCUUCCUCGCUCAGAGCCCUCAUGUGUCAGAGAAGUCUGAGGGUCCCUGUGUUCGUGUCCCACCGAGCGUCCUCUAUGAGGACCUUCAGGUUCCCUCCUCCUCAGAGGACAGCGAUUCUGACCUGGAGUGAGACUGCAGGUGGCAGGGGCUCCUUGGCCUCCAGCUCCCGUGACUUGAAGGGGACUGUGGGACUGAGGAGCGCAGAGCAGAGAGCAGACUCUGUGCGGUGACUCCGAAGCUCCCCGGCUGUGGCGCUUCUGUGGAUGUGGGAGCCCAGGCCAGGCAGGGAGCAGAUGCAGGGACCCUGCCCCGUUGAAUUCUGGUGAGGGACAUUGUAGUUCGCGUGGUUCUCCGGAAACGCGCCAGGAAAAGCUUCCGUGCCAGUGAUUCGUUGCCUCAGAAACUGCGUGACGCGCAGGAGUCAGACUUCCGCUGGGACGUCAAUAGGAAACGGGGGAAUUACUGUGUAUUUGCUCUCUAGACGACUGAAUAAGGAAAAAGCUAGGGAACCCUGAGAGGUGCAGCCCUUCCGCUGUGCCCCGCCCUGAGAGCAGUGUUUCGGACGCUGGGAAGCGUGCUGUGCAAAGCGCUCUCGGGGUCUUUCCUCAGCCUCGAAAACUGGGCUCUGGGAUGCCUUUGUAAAUAGGUGUGUUGAAUUUGUUUUGAAGUGAAUAAAAUUCUCAAAAAGAUGACAUAUUGUCUUUUGACUCUCAUUCCGUGUUUGUGUUUAACUGAUUUUCCAAGUGAAGGGGU